GCAAAAAGGAAAAACAGAAAGAAGGGCAAAAAGGAGGAACAAAAGAUGGGCACAAAGAAGGGAAGACAGAUGGGCACAAAGGAGGAAAGGUUGAACAAGGAGACGGAAGGAGAAAAGGAGGACAUGGGCAGUGAACCACCCCGGGCGAGUAGGGAGGAGGAUAUCCGCGAGACGGACCGGAGGUUUAGCAUAAAGGGGGCGGACCCAAGAGAUAUGAUACAGCAGAUGUCUGGGUCUGAAAAUAAUCCGACGAUUUCCGCUCCGUCGAUUCCUCCGUAUACCAACGUAGCUCCGGUGGCAGCUUCAGCCAACAAAGGCAAAGCCAAGGCCAAGGUCAAGGAAGGGAAGGUGUCGUCUGUCGUGCAAGUGGUCAAGUAUGACGGAGAGAAGGAGGAGGUCUCUGGUGGUUCUGAGGAGGUGAGAAAGGGCAAGGGACCUGAGCCUGUCACUCAGCCUCGUGAGGAGGAAGAUUUCAUGUCACGAAUGCAGUCUUUCAUGGCAAGUUUGUCAUUUGAAGAAAAACAACGAUUUGUCGGGGUGCCCACUAGAGGGGAACGAAUUGAGAUGCAAUAA